AUGGCAGAAGGAGGCUGUCCGCAGAGCGAGGACGAGGCAGAGGGUCUGUCCCGGGGCAGAGGAGUCUGCAAGUGGUUCAACAUGCGGAUGGGCUUCGGCUUCCUGUCCAUGAGCAGCAGAGACGGAGCUCCGCUGGAGCAGCCGCUCGACGUGUUCGUCCACCAGAGUAAACUGCAUAUGGAGGGCUUCCGCAGCCUCAGAGAAGGUGAAGCCGUGGAGUUCAAUUUUAAGAAGUCAUCUAAAGGGCUGGAGUCUGUCUGGGUUACCGGGCCCAACGGAGCACCAUGUUUGGGCAGUGAGAGAAGACCAAAGAGUGUCCAGAAACGACGCUCCAAAGGUGACAGGUGCUACAACUGUGGAGGACCUGGCCAUCAUGCCAAGGAGUGUCAGCUGCCUCCUCAGCCCAAAAGGUGUCACUUUUGUCAGAGCGUUUCCCACAUGGUGGCCAACUGUCCGGUCAAAGCGCAGCAGCAGCAGCAGCAGCAGCAUUUGUCUCCAAGCUCUCAGAGAACAUCUACCUCAUUGAGGGACGAGGAAGAGGAAAAAUGCCAGACCACGCUCUCUGAAAGCUCAGAGUAAAUGAUGGAGGAAAUCUGUGAGGUUUUUCACUGGAAUACUGCUUAUAGAAAGAGCUACCUCAGGUUUUAUUUAUUGAUUGUGGACACGUCUGUCAUAUUUAUGUGAUGACAGACGUGUCCACUUUGAAAAUGUUUUUUUUUGUGUGUGUUUUCGCUGUGGAACAAAACAAUCAGACUGUUGAUUCAGUCGUGUUGUAGCCACAGUCUCUGUUUGGACUGCUCUGACAUGAGACGUGCCUCUGUAUAUUGAAGCUUCUUACAAAACUCAAAACCAAAAAUCUUGCUGGUUUACAACUCUCCAAAGCAUUGUAUACAUACCGGGUUUGUGUAAAGUUGUUUUGAGUGCUGUAAAGCACCAGAAAAGCCUUGACUGAUAUAUGAGGUUUGUAGGUAUUUGACCAUGCUGACAUAAGUCUGUCAGCAUGGUUUCCAUACAACCUGCAUGAUAGUCAUAAUAGACCUUUUUUUUUUUUACACAGACAUUUUGACAUGUCAUAACAAGAAAAGGACUGGUGCACUCCAUUUAGGUGCUGGGUGUUUAGGCAGUGGUGUGCAUACUUGCAUACUGACAUGCAUUAUUGGGACACUUCAUAGGAAGUGAUCCAUCAUUAAUAGUAUUAGUUUCACCUGUCUUUUUCCUACUGUGACCAAUUAAUGUAUUUGCUGUAAAAAAAGGCAUGAAUGUGCCUCUCAAAUUCUCCCAGUACUUAUAUUUUAGUUCAUAUGCUGCCUUCAAAUGAAACUUUUGUUUUAAAAACAGUACAAUACACUCAGUGGUCACUGUGUGUGUCUUAGUUUCACCUGUACAAUCCAAUGCAAUCCAAUACAACAG